UUGAAUCAAACAAACUGGCGCACGGAACAGCCCGGGGGCGCACAUAAAACCUCUGUCCGUCCCGCAUUACGAGGAGCACCGUCCGACACACGUGCAACUCAUUUGGGUGACCGUGCGGCGCCGUGCCCCUGACAGCACGGUGGUUUCCGUUAGAAGGAAAUGAUGGAGAAGGAAAGUUUCUGACGCCUCUCCGUUUCGCUGGGACUGCUCUGCUCGCAGGAAAACUGGAGAUCAUUGUUUCGCUCUGCGCGGUUCACUCGUCCUCAUCAUAACGCACAGAUACUGUAUAUCUGAGCUAUAUGGAUUUGGGAUUAAUAAGGUCUCCGACACUGAAAUGUCUCAGGAUUGGAAAUGCAGCUCCACGCCUGCCUGUUGCUUUUUAUUAUCACAACAGAUAAAACACUGGCCUUGCUGCACCACCACUGUGGUGGAGAUGUCAGCCUGGACAAACAGCCUGCUGGUCACAUCAAUCUCACUUUACCUGGACUGUUUACUGACACCAGCAACACACCCAUGAACCACCAGUCUGACAGAACCCCGACGGUUUCAGUUUGCACCUGGACGAUAGGUGUUCCUCUGGGUCCGACGGUCCUUUUAAAGUUAGUGUGGUUGGACAGUGGUUCAAGCGUAGUAGUGCGCUGUGUUUUGAACGAAGCAGAUCAGGUCCUGGAGAGCGGGGGGACGGCUCUGCUCUCCCACUGUGAUGGAAACAAAGCCACCUUCACUUGGACAGGAGCAGGACGCUCCUCAAAUGAAAUGCAGCUGUCCUAUUAUGUCCAGGAAGAUGAGAGGAAUUCCUCGGACGACCCUACCAGCCCACGUUCAGACCAAGACCUCCUGCGUUGGUCACGGACAGGAACCAGCUUUACAAGCGCCGCUCCUGUUGGUCAAGACGUGGUGAGGGGGACAGACGGGGGCAGAGGUCGCCUCUUUGAAGGUCUGGAGUGGAGCUCCGGGCCUCGGUCUGCGUCUAGUCCCUCCUCUCAGGACCAGGGCCCGCUGCACCCCACCUCACCCCCGCAGGGACUCACUGUGCUCACUGUGGCUGGGAGAGCUGAUAGGGAAACUCUCCCGCUUCCUGAGGAAGAACCUAACAAUGGAGCGGAUACAUCUGGAGCUCCUCACCUCGCCGAUGGAAAAAUAUCUGCCAGAGAGAGAGCACGCCCCUAUUUUCAGCGUACAGACUCGCUGUUUCAACCAUCGCACACGACAAACACGGGGAAAAAAUCAAGCAACGAGCUCCCUCAAACCCAGAUUGCAGUGACACAUGCAACAGCCAUUAGCUCCAACACCUUGCUUGGCACAUAUAUUCACAAAUAUACAGCCACUCAGACAUCUAAGCUAUCUACAAACACACAACUCCCCCAUUCCUGGAGGAGCCAGCGAAGCACAGACAGACUUAACUCGGAUCUGACCUCCGCCGUCACCUCUAAUCCUCUAAAAUCCCCCACUGAACCUCAGCAGGGUGACUCACACACUGAUAUUGAACCCACUGCGCCGUCACCAUCAUCCUCACAGCUCUCCAGCGGGACUCAUCCACCCGCCGCCCACGUCGCAGAGCUUGAAACCGCUGUUGGUGCCGUGGAGUCUGCUUCAUUUCAUCCAAACACGAGUGGAACUGACUCAUCGGCAUCAUCUGCGUCAGAGGUCACCAAUCAAACUGCUGCGUUCGAGUCCUCUGACAAACUUGAGAUCCUUCACACUUUCACUUCCUCCACACAGAGUGAAACAAGCUCUCCACAAAGCACAGAGGGCCUUGCGUGCUCGCCACUUCUUGACACGUCCUCCCCGCUCACACAGACGAGCAAAGACGAGACACACACGGCAUCGCAGAGUACACGCAAACGUUUUGCCGACACCAUGUCCUCAUCGCCUGGCAUCACCGAAGUUGAUGACCGGACUUUGAGUUUCACGGGUUCUUCUUCGACACCUCUGAUGUUGGGAGAUGUAGUCCAGACCUCAGCUCCCUCAGGAACAUCCACUGAAACAUACACACUGCGUCCCACUUACACACUCUCACAUGACAGCUCGCCCACAAAUUCACCGACUCCUGUUCCUCCUUCGUCGUCCAGUACGUCCAUACCCUCAUCAACAUCUCCAUACACGCUGCAAACACACACUCCAUCACCUGGUCAUUCACAUUUAUCUCACACACCCCUUUCUUUGCCCUCCUCUACCACUGAAUCCGCUGCCCACACACCACUCGUCGACCACGAAACCACGCCCACGCCCACGCCCUCAGAAACAUCUUCACACACACCUCAUACACAGAACCCCCUGCCUUUGACGUCUUCUACUAAUAUCCCAGUUACGCUUAAACAGCCCCACAACCACAUUACUACUGUACAGACGUCUUUGCUCUCACUCACAACUGCAAAAUCGGAUUAUGGACAUGGAGAGGUAGAGGAAGUAGAGGGAGAGGAUAAGUCUUGGCAAUGGUUUACAGGCAGCACAACCACACUAACUCCCACAGCCGGAGCUCCAUCGUGGACAACCUUGCAUCCCAGCCAGGAGAACCGUUUGGCACUCACACCUCCUGUUUUAACCUCUGCUUGGAGCCCCACAACUAGUCACACACCCAAGUUCUACAUCGUGCCAGACCAACCUUCAGCCAUCAGAGUGGAGUCAAUUGAGCUGCUGCUGCAGAUUGUUGUGGAAGAGUCCAGAUCGGCUUUUUCUUCUGGUUUGGAGGAAGACACCGCUGCCUGGGUGGAGCCGUACCUUCAGAAAGCCCCGGGGUUCAGCCGGCUGCUGGGAGUUUGGAGCAGUGGCCAUGCAGUGCAGAGUCUGGUGGAGUUCAGAACCAGCGGGGCUCUGCGGUGGCUCGGCACGACUGGCCCCGCGUCGCUGUUGGAACGAACAGGACUAGCUCAGGCUGUGUGCGAGGGGAGGAGCUUCAGAUCAUCCAAGAUCACCAACAUCACACUGGGAGGUCUGCAGGGCGAUGUGUGCGACUGGUUACUGCAGUGUCCAGCAGGCUACAAGUGUGUGUUUAACCCUGGCACUUCAAACUAUAGCUGCUCUUCUGUCUGCCACUUUGACUACUGCCACCAUCAUGGCAUCUGUACUCACCACCCGGGCCAGCUCCCAGUUUGCCGCUGCCUUGUAGGAGAGGACUUCUGGUACAUGGGUCAGAGGUGUGACGUGAGGAUGACUCGAGCGCGGCUCGUGGGCGCGUGUCUUGCCAUCUUACUCGUCAUGGUGACAGUGAUUGGUGUUUUGGCUCUUGUGGCAGUGAGACGCUACCGAGCCAUUCUGAUCCAGGCCAAAGUGGAUCAGACUCGGAGCAGCUAUCGCAGGUUCAACCAUUUCGAUGAGCUGUCAGGACGGUUCGGGUUGCGUUCGUGGGCAGGAUCAGCGGACUCGCUAGAUAAUCCCGCCUUUACGCGCUCCGAUGAGUUACUGCACCUGCAGGCGCUCGACCGCACCUGCUGUUACCACGACGACACGCUGUCGCUGGCCUCCACCUGCCCCAGCCACGGGGCUCGCAUCAAUACAAUCUACCCACACAGCUCUCAGUAUGGUUGGAGGGGAAGCGGGAUGAGCAUGGGCGAUGUUGUGUUGGACUCGGGCAAGGCCAGUGACCUUUCUGUCUGCAGCUGGCCCGUGGAACCCAUUCAGUGGACUCCCUUCCCCCUUCUGCAGAAACUGGCCACCCAAAGGACACCCACAGUGAGGGUUUCGAGGCCGCGGUCCUACUGUGAAGGCAUGGAGCUGGUAGACCUGGGGAAGAGCUGGACUGCUUGACGCACGUAAAGAAGACUCAAAUCAAAAGUUGACACUGGUUUUUGCAGCUCGUUAUUGCGUUCUAGGCCUCAAAUGUUCUUGUUUUGUUGAUGAAAACUGUAAAAAAACAAUAAGUGUAAAUGUGUAUAUAAGUGUAUAUUUUUUGCUACAUGUUCUGUUUCUGAUACCUCUGAUGAGAUGUAGGAUGUACUGUAAAGAAAGAAGAACAAAAGAGUGUGUCUAAAUGGUGCAGAGUCUUAUAUCAUGCUUUAGUAAACAUAAAUCUUACUCAGGGCAAAAAUAAAUGCAUUUGCUUUUGACAAUUAAAAA